AUGCUAGAAAAUUAUAAUAAUGAAAGUCUUUUUGUCUAUAAUGAGCUAAUUGAGAAUGAUAAUAAUAAAGGUUUUGCAAAAAAACUUUUAAAUAUAGCAAAUAUUUUUUAUUAUAAAAACGAUUCUAACAAAUUCUCAGCAAAAAGAACACCUAUAUUGUUUACCUUUUGGAACCAAAACAAGACUGGUGAAGAAGCUAAUAAGGCAGAAUUAUCUGAUAAUGAAUGGCUAGAUAAAGCUAAUAAAGAUGAAGCUGAUAAAGAUGAUACUGAAGAUCUAUCAGAAGAUGAAAUUAAAAUCUCUAAUUG